CGUCACAUCAUUCAACGAAUCUUACUCGCAGAGCAAAUUUGACAUCAAGGCUUAAGCUGAUACUAAGAAGCUGUAGUUGACCACACGUGUUGUGUUGUCAUUAACCGCCAAGAUAGAUUCCUUACACUCUGCCUUCCCGAUUCCGUCUUUUACAGACGCAUUCCCUGGAUCACCAUGUCCGAGCGUAGGAGAAAUUAUGGAUACCCUCCAGAUGUACGACACGCCUCUUAUCGAAGCCAGUAAAGAUUCCGCCCUGGCUUCACAGCAACACGCCCAGGUCGUGAAAACAGAACUGACAAGUCCGGUACAAACGGACUUCGUGGCACUUGGACCAGCGUCUUCUACCGCAUAUCCGACAACUGUCUGUAUGCCUGAGUUCGAGCAGCUAGCAUCCGGAUCGGAGGAUUCCCAGAGCGUAUGGGACCAGGCAAUCAAGGCCGAGGACGCGGCUUACAGUGCCUGCAGUGAGACGACCACGUUCACAUCCCUCACUAACUUGGCUUCACCAACUGUGUCAUCCUCCAGUCAGAUCGGAAGCCCCGGACCGGUUCGAUCCCCAAGUGGGAAAGGGAGCUCCAGGAAACGUCAGUUACCUAAAGGCACUGAAGAGUAUAUAGAGAAGCGAGCAAGGAACAAUAUUGCUGUGAGGAAGUCCCGUGCUAAGGCGAAGGAAAAGCAGAAACAGACAGAAGGCCGGGUAAGCAACCUUGUUGGAGAGAACGAGAGACUGCAGAAGAAAGUUGAUCUUUUGACCAAAGAACUGAACGUUUUGAAAGGCUUAUUUAUUAAUGUUGGAGCUGCACUACCAUCAAGCUUCGCCAAGCUUUUGGAGUCGUGACCCGAACCCCCGACAUAGUGUUCUCGAACAAGGACUUGAGUAUCGUUUCUGUGAAUGUGACAUUGCCGACUCCAAAUCAUCCUGUUGUGAUCUAGGAACCCUUGUCUGUACUCCUGUGUGCUCAUCUUGGCAACUUGACAACUUUGACAAUGACAUUUUUAGUUUCAAGUGUUCAUUUCAUUUUAGUGGAUGUCGGAUCUGUCCACAUGACAAACCCAUCGCCUGGAUUUCUCAUUUCAUAGUGUAUAUUGUGCAUUCUGAAUUCAUAUAUCAUGUUGUCAUUUUUACAAUGUUAUCACUAUUAAAUGUCAAAUAUUUAACAAUCUCAAAAA